AGUUCAGAUGGCUUCAGCUCGAAAAGAGGUAAAAACCUUCAACUUGAUUAUUUUAUAGCCUUUUUUCGCCUGUGACUGAAGGGGAGGGAGUCACUAAUUGCUACUGUCCAAGGCCCUAUGUCAUGUAAGAACUUGCAUUACGUUUUCAAAGUACUCUUUACAUUAUAACAAAUGGUCUGUAUCAAUUAGAGAAACUAAUAUCUGGUUUCAAAAGCUUUCCAUGACUUGGAACUCCAACAUUUUUUCUGUUAAUGACACAUUUUUUUACACGUACAUUCAGGAUUCCCCUCGCAAUAAACAUUCAUCAGCUCACAUUCCUCCAACGCAUAAAAAAUUACACGCGUUUGUCAGGAGUGGCAAGAACAAGAAUUAGAAACCUUGCAUUAAAUCUAACUCGAAAUGUUAUUAUCAACUAAGAGCAUCUUGUUGUUAUUGUUAUUAACACUAUGAGAAUGGUCGAACAAUUUUACCCAAAUUCGAAUGGUACCGUGUAUUUUACAACAUAAAUUGUUGUAAAUAUCUCCUCUAUAUCAUCAUUGUAAUAUUUUUGUUUUAUUUUUUUUUUCAGUAUUUUCUAAGGCCUGGAUACACCCUGAGUGGGAAGAAAAUAGAGCAGUGUACUCAGCCAAGCGGUAUUCACUGGCCAAUUGUGUAAGUAACAAAAUGAAUAACUGUAAAUAAAACAAAACAAAACAAAAAGAGCUUUGAUAACAGAGAGCGGAUAAUCAGCCCUUUUCAGCGGUGAUUAAAGGAAAGUGUGUGCUCUCUUGUCAAAAACAACGGAAAAAAAUAAUUCAACAACUCCUACUUGAAAAUCGUUUUAUAGCUUCUUUAAGCACAGUUGAAAGUAAAGCUACGAACGAAGACCACCUAAUUCAGCUAUUUUCAAGCUCUUUUGUAGCAUUUACUUUCCCCACCUGAUUCACUUUGGAAGAAAAAAUUCAGAAUUAAGGAGUUACUGAGUCUUUUUACUAAGUAAAUUAAUUCUAGUAUUUUUAUCGCCUUUUACAGAGUUCCAGCAUCACGGCUUAUUGUACCAGGAAUUCUUCAGGUUAGUUUCUAUAUGAACGUGAGAGACUGUCGAAAAGAUAAUGCUUUUUGAAAGAAAAUGAGACUUGGUAGACCUGGGGCGCUUUCCAUUUACACAAAAUUUCCGGUUAGACCGGUUUAAUUGCAAAUUGAACGCGCAGUUCGAUCGGAAAUUUGUUCGGAAUAAACGGGCGACCUUCCGAGGUAUUCCACUUUUUCCGUUCCAACCGGUUGCGCAAUUCUGGUUCGGCCGGCGGCUGGCGCCAGAAAUUUUUCCCGCCAUUUCCAAUGUUUGCUGGUGAGAGUUGUUCACGGGCAGUCGCAGUUUUUCUUUUCAUUUCUUAUCGUAUCGUUCAAAAUGGCAUCUGCAUCUGUAGACUCAAAGUAGUUUUGAACUCUGUUUAUAUCUCUGCUAACAAAAAAGCAACAAACUGCUGCAAUGGCCACAAAGUCAAAAUUAUUUAGCUUUUGGACAAAGUUUCACUUUCUUCGUCGAAAUUGUCGCGAAGUACCAGGCAGUGCUACAACGUCCAUUUUGUUGGAUUUUUGGUUCACAAGAGCAAAGAGAGCCUUUCCAUUUGACCCGGGAUGUUUCCGGAAUUUCCAACAGGAAAUUUUGCCUAAAUGGAAAGCGCCCAAGGUAUUAGAAGAAUGGUUUGAUAAAUUCUAUGCAUAAAACUUUUCAAAGUCAAAUAAAAAUCUGCAACGAAACUUUAAAAGGUUUUAACUGAUUGAAAAAGGGAUCUAAGAUGAGAAAAUUGCCUCAGAGCCCAAGCUGAGUAUGGGACGCAUACCAAGACAGGUCUGUUGAUAGGUAGCAGGAGAUUAGUAACCCCUUCAUCCCUAGAGUCAAUUAUAGAGGCAUGUAAGGUGGGUUCUAACUUACAGGGUUUUCAUUAUUUUUAAAAUAGAAGGGCCUCUAGGGUCCGAUACGUAGAGGGAAAAGUUAGAAUUUUAGGUCGAGAGUCGGUUAUUUCGCCUAGAAACGGGUAAUAUGCUUAGAGUACACUGCUGCCGGUAAUUGCCGGUAAAUUCCCUGAGACUUACCUGUCUGUGGACGACAACCUUUUAAAAGUGCUUAAACACCCUACAAGUAAUCUUCCUGGCCUCUAAAAAAGGAAUUUGCUGUUUAUCUCGAUUUGGAACAACUUAUGGACGUUUCCUUUUAAACUAAAAAGGGCCAUAAGUAUUACAUACCCAAACCCUCUUCGUAGUAGUGAUUUUCCAUUUUUUUAUUAUUAUUUUCAUUACUUUUAAGUUUCAGUAUCGCUUUUCCGACAAAGGACUUCCAGUCCAGCAAUGCACGGAACCAAAUUGAAACAUUUUCCUUUCGGUAAGUACAGAAGGAAAGCCAAACUUUUUAUGCUCACAGUUAUCCAUAACGUAAAUAAAGAAACCCAUCCUUUGCCUAACUUAAUAAGGAACGGAUUUUUCAAAUAUUUAGAAAUUAACCUAAACACCACACAAAAGAGCAUGAAUUUAAAAGUAUUACUUGUUUGGUGUAUCAAGUUGCAUUAAAAUAACCAAAUGUUCUUAAACCUCUCUAUCGUGUGUCAAUUAAAAGUUAACAACUGCAUCGCAAUGUAUAGAAGAACGGUGCAUGGGAUGUUUGUGGGCCCUUCACUGUGACCAGCCGGCCCCUAGACAGUGAACCGCUCCCGUGGUUGGCAAUCAUGAGCCCCUACACCACACCGAGUCGUCCAGGCACCCGUCACAAUGUGUUUACAAUGGAAAAUAUGGGAAUGGGAAGGGAGGGGUAUAAAUGUAAACGAAAAACGCACUCCACAGAAAAAGGCCGCCAACCUUCAACACACUGAACUGAAUGAGCUUUGAGGCUACCACCGAGAGUGCUCAGAGCAUGUGCCGAAAUCUGCUGCCGCUGACCACAAUGGGCAUAUCGGCUGCGCAAAUUUCCCUUUAGUAAACGGUUGCUGCCAUUUCUAGAACACUAAAAUAUUUUUAACCUGUUUAUUGAGAGUGUUUCUAUUAAAACGAAAGAAGAUCGCAACCCAGGGUCGAACCCGGACCUUUCGUAUCCCAUUGUUCUCUCUCCCUUACCACUACACUACCACACCUACCAGCCAAAAUUCCGAAAACGUUAUUUACAUAAACUAGCAAACUGUCUUUCUUAACAGAUGCAUCAAUAACAGGUGACCCUAGCCCUUUCCAAAACUUUUCACGUAAAUUCAACUUGGACCUCCACGUCGUUCUUUCUAAGACUAUUGAAAAACGUAUUAUUUGCCUUAUUGUAACUUAAUCCAGGGAAUAUAUUACAUCUAUCACGACUUAAGGCUUGGUUACCAAUGGUGGCAUCGACCGUUAAAAAUGGCAACGACCGUUUACGAAAGGGAAACAGGCAUCGGAUACUCUUUAUUGUCAACUAAGUGGAAUUGCAUUUAACGGCAUUAAACAGGCGCACGAGGUAUGGCAGUUCCGAUUCAAAAGUUAAUGUUGUAAACCUUUAGUAAGAAUGCUUUUUUUUUCUGUUUUCAACAGAUGGAAGCGAGACGAAACAAAGACGAAACGUUGGCUUAAUUUCUAAUCUUAUCGCUC